AUAUAAUAAGUGUACUACUACAUUCUCUAACUCUUCUUUAUAUAUAUACAUAUAUAGAUAUAUAUAUAUACAUAUAUAUAUCAUUCACCAGCAUAAGCUUCCCUUAGUACUUAUUGGCUAUUGAAAACUGAAAGAUGUUUGAUGUGUGUUUCACCGGAGAGUCCGUAGUCAAAGCUUCCGGCAACAACCCUGAGAGAUCUCAUAGCCUUUCUCUAUCAAAUCUCGACCUUCUUUCCGGCCGUUUUCCAGUGACCUACUUUUACUUCUACCCCAAGCAACCUCACUUGGUUUCAACCUUUGAAUCCCUCAAAGCCUCUCUCGCUGAAACUCUAAACUACUUCUACCCUUUUGCUGGUCAGAUAGUUCCAAACGAAACCUCUCAUGAAGAGCCUAUCAUCCUCUGCAGCAACAACGGAGCCUUGCUAGUCCAAGCACGAGCCAACACCGACCUCAAAAGCCUGGACUUCUAUAACCUCGACGCAUUUCUCCAGGCAAAGCUUGUUCGAGUUAACCCUGACUUCCCCUUUCAGAUUCAAGCGACAGAGUUCGAAUGUGGAGGCUUCUCUCUAACAUUCACAUUCGACCACGCGCUAGGAGACGCUAGCUCUUUCGGCAAGUUCCUCACAACAUGGUCAGAGAUAUCGAGGAAAGAGCCGGUUUCUUGUGUACCAGACCACCGGAGAAACCUCCUCCUGCCGCGCUCACCUCCGCAUUACCACCCUCUCUUAGACAAAACAUUCAUCAAAUGCAGCGUGGAGGAUAUCAAGAACAUACCAACGCCCAAAACGCUCAUCAAGCGUCUCUAUCACAUCAAUGCUUCGAGUAUAAACGCGUUGCAAGAUCUAGCUAAUGUAAACGGAGAGAGCAGGACGAAGAUCGAAGCUUUCUCUGCUUAUGUCUGGAAGAAAAUGGUGGAUUCUAUAGAGAGCUGUCACAAAACGUGCAAGAUGGGUUGGCUUGUUGACGGUAGAGGAAGACUAGAGACCGUUACCUCUAGCUACAUAGGAAACGUCUUGUCUAUAGCUGUCGGUGAAGCCACCAUCGAAAAUCUAAAACUAAACCAUGUCUCAGAGAUAGCAAAGAUAGUGCAUGAGUCGAUUACUGAAGUGACAAACAAUACUCAUUUCACAGAUUUGAUAGAUUGGAUCGAGAGUCACCGACCUGGACUGAUGUUAGCUCGGGUGGUUCUGGGACAAGAAGGACCAGCUUUGGUCUUGUCUUCAGGGAGACGGUUCCCUGUGGCUGAGUUGGAUUUUGGUUUUGGUGCUCCUGUCCUUGGAACUGUAUGUUCAACGGUUGAGAAAAUAGGAGUUGGUUACCUCAACCAGCGACCUAGCGCCUGCAAUGAUGGCUCGUGGUCCGUCUCUGCUAUGGUGUGGCCUGAACUCGCUGCAGCUUUAGAGUCUGACUCUGUUUUUCAGCCGAUGUCUGCUAAGCAUCUUCAACUCCAGACCUGACAAAGUAAGCCUAAAGGAAGUAGUAGCUUUUCAACGUUUUCUUUAUUAUGUCGUAAGCUUAUGGUUACAAUAAGGCAAAACCACCAUGGAGCCUGAGUUUUUAUUUUUUUACGCAUUAUCUACACACUAUAUGUUACAACUGCAACGUAAAUCAAAACAAAAACAAAAUCAGUCUAUGGUCA